AUGGACGCCCGAUCCGACACCCGCCGGCCUUCCGUUACUUUCGCCGACCAGUCUACAACGGACGAUUCGUCUGAGGCAACUCCCAUCGCGAGCUCCCAUUCAAACCCCGCCGCGCCGCACGUCGACGACUCGUCCACACCUGACGCCUUUGCCGCAUCUGCUGCAUCUUCUGCACCCGUCUCCGCCAAUGCUGCUACCCCCAGCUGCUCUUCAUCAUGGAGCGCCAGCUCCGAUCGCCAGCUUGGUCACGGUGCGAGCCCUGACCCUUCGGAUAGGGUAUUUCCCAUCCGCUCCGUCGUGAGUGUCCAGCGCACCGGUAGAUCAUCAAGCGAACACGACUACUUUCCCCGACUACCCGACCACGGUCAAUAUCCGGCACCCCGGCCUGGUAAUCCUCGAAUCGACACCGCUGCUCUUGGCGCCGCCUCUCGCCGUGAUUCCGCCUCUGCCACCACCUCCCAUUCUCACCCCUCCACUGUAACUUCACCGAGCGACCGACAACCUGUCUUGACCCGGAGAAAGAAUACUGGUAGCGGGCCGUUAUCAAGCGUCCAGGCCGAUGCCGUGCGCCAUGCGAAUUCGAAGCCUCUCGAACUAUUUCAAGACGUUAUCUCAGACGGCGAAGAUGAGUCGGUACCAGGGGAUGAUUCCUCCCAGCGCCCAGCAUCCCUCACCACAAGCCAGCUUAGCGAACUCGGGACCGAUGGUCUUUUCACGACGCGCUUCAAAUAUGUCAUGACAGACGAAGGUCACCAUGUCAUCACCGGCACCGACAAUGUUUUGCAACGAUGCGAAGACGAACCUAUCCACACUCCUGGUGCCGUUCAGGGAUUCGGUGCCCUGGUGGCCAUUCGGGAAGAGGCAGACGGGCGCUUCUCUGUUCGUUACGCCAGCGAGAAUACGGAGAGGUUAACGGGUUACUCGCCUCAGCUGCUGUUUCGUCUGAACAGCUUCCUCGAUAUUUUAACCGAAGAGCAGCAGGAUAACCUAUUGGAUCACAUUGACUUCAUUCGUGACGAGGAUGCCGACCCAGCCAUCAACGGACCCGAGGUCUUCAGCCUGUCGAUUCGCCCACCAAGGAGGAAGAGUGUCAAGCUUUGGUGCGCUAUACACAUAAACCCAGCGCAUCCUGACCUGAUAAUCUGCGAGUUUGAGAUAGAUGAUGAUCAUCAGUUUCCACUGCGGCCACCAGAAGAGGCAACUCCGAACACACCAGAAGAUACACUCCAGUCCAACCCAACGAUGGAAGAACUGGCCGAAAGCACCGAAAUCUUGAGCAAGCCUUUGAGGGUUCUACGAAGUGCGCGAAAGCGCAGAGGUGACGCCGGGGCUAUGCAAGUAUUCGACAUCAUGUCCCAGGUACAAGAGCAGCUUGCUGCAGCUUCCAAUCUGGAAGGAUUCUUGAAAAUAUUGGUGGGCAUUGUCAAAGAACUCACCGGCUUUCACCGAGUCAUGAUCUACCAAUUUGACUCUUCCUACAACGGAAAGGUCGUCACCGAGUUGGUUGAUACCACGCAUACGAAGGAUUUGUACAAGGGACUUCAUUUUCCGGCCUCCGACAUUCCACGACAAGCUCGCGACCUGUAUAAGUUAAACAAGGUGAGGCUUCUGUACGAUCGCGACCUCGAGACCGCAAGGUUGGUCUGCAAAGCCAAGGAGGAUCUCGACCUGCCCCUAGACCUCAGCCACUCGUACCUGCGAGCCAUGUCUCCUAUUCACCUCAAAUAUCUCGCCAAUAUGGCCGUACGAUCCUCCAUGUCGGUUUCCAUCAAUGCUUUCAACGAGCUGUGGGGCCUCAUUGCGUGUCAUUCUUACGGCCGCAAAGGCAUGCGGGUGUCUUUUCCUAUCCGCAAAAUGUGUCGCCUGGUCGGGGAUACGGCGUCACGGAACAUCGAGAGAUUAUCGUACGCAACCCGACUUCAAGCUCGGAAACUCAUCAACACUGCGCCUACAGAUAAGAAUCCAUCUGGGUACAUCAUCGCGUCGUCGGACGAUCUCUUGAAGCUUUUUGAUGCAGACUUUGGGAUGCUUUCGAUUAAGGGAGAAACCAAGAUUCUUGGCGAGAUCGAGCAGUCUCAAGAGGCUCUGGCGAUGCUGGAAUACCUACGCUUGCGCGAACUCACGUCUGUGGUCACCUCUCAGGAUAUUCGGGAGGAUUUUCCAGACUUGCACUAUCCUCUGGGUUUCACCGUCAUCGCAGGCCUCCUCUACGUCCCAUUGAGUGUGGGCGGCAAUGACUUCAUCGUUUUCUUCCGAAAGGGCCAGGUCAAGGAGGUCAAAUGGGCCGGUAAUCCCUAUGAAAAGACUUUGCGCGAAGGAACAGCUGCCUACCUGGAGCCCCGGAAAAGCUUCAAAACCUGGCACGAGACGGUGCUUGGUAAGUGUCGAGAGUGGUCAGAAGAACAGGUCGAGACAUCGGCUGUGCUGUGUCUUGUCUAUGGCAAAUUUAUCGAAGUGUGGAGACAGAAAGAAGCUGCGUUGCAGAGCAGCCGUCUUACACGACUUCUGCUCGCAAAUUCGGCACACGAAGUACGCACCCCCUUGAACGCCAUCAUCAAUUACCUGGAAAUUGCGUUGGAAGGCUCUCUGGAUCAAGAGACACGCGACAAUCUGGCAAAAUCUCAUUCUGCAUCUAAGUCGCUAAUUUACGUCAUCAACGACCUACUCGAUCUCACCCAAACAGAGGAAGGCCAGAAUCUAGUCAAGGAUGAAGUGUUUGACUUUGGCAUGUGCAUACGAGAAGCAACAGAGCCAUUUGUCAACGACGCUAAGAGGAAGGGCAUUGAGUAUCAGGUUAUCGAACACCCUGGCCUUCCUCGUCACGUAUGUGGUGAUAGCCGACGUCUCAGACAGGCCAUUUCCAACGUCGCAGCCAACGCCGUGCAAAAUACCGCUAAUGGGUACGUCAAAGUCGAACUAUACGUUAGCGAAGUUCUUGACCGACGUGUACGGAUCGAAAUUCUGGUCGAAGACACGGGCAAAGGAAUGACGGCCAGGCAGUUGGACACUCUCUUCCGAGAUCUGGAACAAGUCAGCGUCGAACUAGGCGAAACGACCUUACCUUCCAAGGAUGAUGAAGCCGGAAAAGAAGAUAGAAUUCUGGGCCUGGGGUUGGCCGUCGUUGCCAGGAUCGUUCGGAAUAUGGAUGGCCAGCUGCGUCUUAAAUCAGAACAAGGUACAGGAUCACGAUUCAUCAUACAGUUGCCUUUCGAUAUACCGGAUGACGCGCCAGCACCAGCUGGAGGCCUAAGGCAUUCGGAGUCAGCUGCAGCAUCCAGCGUAGCAUCCGUGACUACUGCGGUCAUGCCUGAUAGCGACGGCGAACUCAUGCUCAUUGAUCGCGGAAGCAAGCAAACACAACAAAACGACGGAUUUGAAGAAAUGAUGCCUGGGGAUUCGGGUCCCAAAGCGGAAACCAGAAGUCUUGAGAGUCAGAAGAGCGCCGCCACAGGGACCAGCAGAGCCAGCGACAACAGUUCUCGGAGUGAUGCGGAUCGCUUGAUAGACGCCAUUCAAACGCCAUUGUCCAUUGGAGAGGUGGACAUGAGCCGACCAGUUGCUCAGCGCCAAUUCUCCAGAGAAACACUCUACCGACCAAAGUCCUCAGACGGCAACUCUUCUAGCGUCAUGGGAUCGCCGAAUUCGCUGCGGACAAGCCGGAAGAAUGGACCUGCGAUAGACUCAUCAUCACGGCAUGAAGUGGGCUUUAGUAGCGUGAAAGAUACGAAAACUCCCAUCAGGGCGGUCAAAAUUCCCGACGAGUACUUGGAACCACCGUCUUCUAUGCCUCAGGAGAGCGCAUCAUCUCGAGUGCUAUUUGAAGUAUCAGAAAAACAUACACAUGGGGCAGCCUCGGAAAGCGGUACGAUUGGAACGACCACAAGUGUCGUCUCAGGGCCAGAUACUACAAAGUUGCAAGUCCUUAUCGCCGAGGAUGACCCCAUCAACUCACGGAUUCUGCGGAAGCGCCUGGAGAAAUCAGGCCAUCAAGUUUCACAUGCUGUAAACGGCGAAGACUGCGCGACGGUUUAUCGUGAAAAGUCUAGUGCCUUUGACGUCGUUUUGAUGGACAUGCAGAUGCCGAUAGUUGAUGGCCUGACGAGCACUAAGAUGAUCCGAGCCUUCGAAAAGUCUAGCGAGCACGGUGGGCACUCUUCCAUCGCCAGUCAUAAUGGCAGAAUUCCCAUUUUUGCGGUUUCGGCAUCCCUGAUAGAGCGUGAGAGGGACAAAUACGUCAGUGCAGGUUUCGACGGAUGGAUUCUGAAGCCCAUUGACUUCAGGCGUCUCAAUACCUUACUCUUGGGAAUAGUGGAAGAUGACACUCGUGCAAUGUGUCUAUAUGCCCCAGGACAGUGGGAGCGCGGCGGGUGGUUCAAUGUCAGAGAUUGCUCUGGUGGUGAUGAAAAGAUCCUUGGCAAAGAAACAUCAGAUGAUGAAUCGGCUACACCUACAGGCCAAGAUGGGGUAACGAGAGAAGCAGACGGUACAGCUUGA